ACUGAAAAAUACACAAAAAUGGAUAUAAUAAUCAGACAAGAAGAAAUUUCGUUAGCUCAAGUCGCUUUGUACGCUUCAAUAUCAUUUAUGUUGGUUUCCCUUAUGGGUGCCCUCGCUUAUAUAACGUGUUCCAAGAAAUACCGUCUAAAUUGGUUUGAAAAAACUCUUCUCGAAUCAGCAAAUGACAACGAAGAAGCUAAUGACAGCCGCGAAGCUCUUGUCGGUGGACCAUCAGGAUACAACGUAGACUCAAUAAGUGAAUGUUCGCGAAAAGGAAAUAUUAGUCCAACAUCAAUAAAUGACGACCCAGCAUUUUGGGUGCCCCCUUUGAAGGGAAAUACCAAUACAUCCAAUCAAGUUCUAUCUUCAGCGGAUGAAUCUCCACCACCAACACCAACUUCACCCACUGGCAGCAACAAGUCGAUAUCUCUCUCAAUCUGCUCCGGUUCGGUGCCAAUUACUCGUUCUGACAAACAUGUUGUCCUUGGAAUGACUCCCGCACGACCUAAGGUUUCCUCAAUGAAUUCCAAAUUGGAUCAUACAAAAAUAGACAUGUCCUUGUAUAAAAGUAAUUCUUUACAAAAAUCAUUAUCGACACCGUCAAAUGAAGAAAUUCGAGGAACCAUUAAUUUGAACAUCCUUUACGAUCCCAUUGCCGGCAUAUUGUCGGUGAGACUCAUUGAAGCACAAAAUCUUCAGCCACGAGAUUUCAGUGGGACAGCAGAUCCUUAUGCCAAAGUUCGUCUAUUGCCGGACAAAAAGAAUGUCUGGCAAACUAGGAUUCAUAAGAAGACAUUAAAUCCUGUUUUCGAUGAAGACUUUGUUUUCGAAGAACACGCAACUGUCAUCGAGAAGAGAACACUUGAAGUGCUGCUCUACGAUUUCGAUGCAUAUUCUCGUCACGUUUGUAUCGGAGGUGCUCAGCUGCCACUAGCCAACAUGGAUUUAUCAGAUAAAGUUCAACUUUGGACUCAAUUAGGAUCUUGUGCUGAACAGGACUCCAAAAUAGAUUUGGGUGAUUUGAUGAUUUCACUAGCCUAUCUUCCUUCAGCCGAACGUCUAACAGUUGUUAUGAUUAAAGCUCGUAAUCUUCGAGUCGUCGAUGACACUCGCAACUCUUCAGAUCCUUAUGUUAAAGUUACCCUAAUUAGUGGUGGGAAGAAAAUCAAGAAACGUAAAACUGGCGUUGUACGAAAUACUGUGAAUCCUGUUUACAAUGAAGCAUUAACAUUUGAUGUUUCAAAGGAUUUAUUAAAAAAUUCAAUUUUAGAAUUCACUAUUGUUCAUGAUGGUCUCUUAGGAUCAAGUGAAAUUCUCGGACGUGCUAUUAUUGGAAAUUCACCAGAAGUUCGUUUGGAAGAGAAAAUGUUCUUCGAUGAAAUGUUCCGUUCUAAGAGUGCCACAGCACAAUGGGUUCCUUUGCAGGAAGUCUUAAGUAGACCAUCAGGAACAACAAACCAAUCCCAAGGACAAGGAAAAGGAUAUUAGAUAACACACAAAACCAACAAAAUCAUGUGUGGCAUUUUUACAGGAAAAAUUCAAUUAGUAUUGUGCGAACUUUGCUUAUGAUGAUGAAACAUAUUGCAUAAGUUGCAUUCAUAUAACGAUGUUUGUAUAAAGAAGUCUUAAAAUGAAACAAAGCUUCCAAAUUGCAGGUUUUUAUUUUAGAAUAGAAGAGAAACAAAACAAAUUGAUGAAACAUUUCUCAUUGAUUCCACUAUCAGGAUUUCAUAGGGUUUCAGUAAGCAAAUGAUUGGGUAAAUUAUAAAUAGAACUUGCUUUUUUUUGUUAUAGAAAAUUAAAACAAAAAAGAAAAUAAAUACAUUUUAUGCAAUGUACACAAAUACUACACAACACAGGU